UACGCUCAACCUGAGCAAGUGGCACUGAGUUAUGGAGGUGAUCCAUCAACUGUUUGGAUAACAUGGAUUACAUUCGACGAUACCUAUGCGUCUGUGGUGGAAUAUGGCACCAAAGAUUUGGAACGAAACGCCACCGGAGAUACUUCCCUAUUUAUAGAUGGUGGAUCCAAGAAAUCGAAACGUUACGUUCAUCGAGUCAGGCUCACUGAAUUGGAGCCCGGAACCACCUACGUUUAUCACGUUGGCUCUGAAUACGGUUGGAGUCCAAUAUUCCGUUUCACGGCACUCCAGGAAAGGCCAGAAGGUGGAUAUAUUUAUGCUGUAUACGGUGACCUUGGCAAUGUGAACGCCAGAUCGCUGGGUAAAAUACAACAACAAGCGCAACGGGGCGAUUUAGCAUACAAUCUUGACACGAGAAUCAGAAUUUUUAAAUUGAAAUUUCAGGAUGACGGUCAGUUUGGUGAUCAAUUCGGUCGUCAAAUUGAGCCGGUGGCUGCUUAUGUACCUUACAUGACGGUAGUUGGAAAUCAUGAGGAGGCAUAUAACUUCUCACAUUUUGUCAAUCGAUACACAAUGCCCAACAGUGAUCAUAACCUCUUUUACAGCUUCGACUUGGGCGCUGCACACUUCAUCGCAUUUUCAACGGAAUUUUAUUACUUUACGAAUUAUGGUUGGCAACAAUUAGCGAAGCAGUGGGAAUGGCUCAAUAAUGACCUGAAGCUGCGCUUCAUCUUCUUAAGCUUCAUUUAUUCACUCUACUGCCAGGUUGCUAAUCAAAAUCGUGAUAAGCGUCCAUGGAUCAUAACAAUGGGUCACCGACCGAUGUAUUGCUCGGAUUUCGACGAAGACGACUGUACGAAAUACGAGUCGAGAAUACGAGCAGGACUUCCAGAGACACAUGCGUAUGCGCUGGAAAAACUUUUCUACUCGUUUGGCGUAGAUCUGGAAAUUUGGGCGCAUGAACAUUCCUACGAAAGAAUGUGGCCAGUUUACAAUAGAACAGUUUACAACGGCACUCGUUCGCCGUACGUGGAUCCACCGGCUCCAGUGCAUGUUGUCACAGGAUCAGCGGUAAGGAUUAAGUUGGAUUCCACCGUUCGGUAG